AUGUCUUCAGCCUGGUCGCCGCUCUCCAUCCCAGACUCCCCCGCGGAGCCGUUCACCGACUACUCGCGCUGGCGGCUGCGCGACACGACCGACGGGCGCCAUGUGUGGGACUACCUCCGCUCGGACGCGGAGUGCGCCGCGCGACCCCAGACCGACGCGGACAAGUACUGGCUCGGGAUUCCUCUGGACUGCCCGCGGCUGCCUCCGCCCGCGUCCCCGCUCGACGCGGCGCGCAACGGGUACACGUUCUACAAGCACCUGCAGGCCUCGGACGGGCACUGGGCGGGCGAGUACGGCGGGCCGAUGUUCCUGCUCCCGGGGCUCGUCAUCGGGUCGUACGUGACGGGCAUGGCGUUCCUGCGCGAGGAGCGCCUCGAGAUGGUGCGCUACGUGCUGAGCCGCGCGCACCCGGACGACGGGGGAUGGGGCCUACACGUCGAGGGGCACUCGACGGUGUUCGGGACGGCGAUGAACUACGUCGCGCUGCGCCUACUCGGGGUCGCGGCGGAGCAUCCGGCCAUGGUCAAGGCGCGCGCGACGCUGCACAAGCUCGGCGGGGCCGCCGCGUCUCCGUCGUGGGGCAAGCUCUGGCUGUCCGUGCUGAACGUGUACGACUGGGACGGCAACAACCCGAUCCCCUCGGAACUCUGGCUGCUGCCGAAGUGGGUCCCGUUCCACCCGUCGCGGUGGUGGAUCCACGUCCGCACGGUGUACGUGCCCAUGAGCUACCUGUACGGCGUCCGGUUCAAGGCUGAGGAAGACGACCUCAUCCGGUCGUUGCGCCAGGAGAUCUAUACGCAGCCGUUCGAGACGAUCGACUGGCCUGCGCAGCGCAACAAUGUUUCGGCGGCGGACAUGUAUGCGCCCCACAGUGGCCUGUUCGAUUUUAUUAAUGUCAUCCUGGGCAUGUACGAGCAGUGCGCGGUGCCCCCCGUGCGCCACGCGGGGCUCGCGGCCGCGUACAACCUCAUCGUGCUCGAGGACGAGAACACGGGGUACCAGACGCUCGGGCCCGUGUCCAAGAUGAUGAACCUCGUCGCGCGUUUCCACGCGGAGGGCGCGGACAGCGCCGCGGUGCGGCUGCACGACGAGAAGCGGCGCGACUUCAUGUGGGUCGGCGCGGAGGGCAUGAUGAUGUGCGGGACGAACGGGAGCCAGCUGUGGGACAUCGGGUUCGUCACGCAGGCGCUCGUCGAGACGGGCCUGGCGCGCGAGGAGGCGAACCGCGAGAGCCUGGUGCGCGCGCUCGCGUGGCUCGAGCAGUGCCAGAUCACGGAGGACCCGAGACAUUUCGCGACGAGCAAUCGUCAUCGCACGAAGGGCGCGUGGCCGUUCAGCACGAAGGAGCAGGGAUACACGGUCAGCGACUGUACGGGCGAGGGCCUCAAGUCUGUGAUCUACUUGCAGAACCACUUGGACUUCACGCCGACGCUCGUAUCGGAGAGACGGAUAUUCGAUGCCGUCGAUACGCUGCUCACCAUGCAGAACCCUAGUGGCGGAUUCGCCAGUUACGAGCUUAUCCGGGGUCCAAGUUGGCUGGAGAUGCUCAAUGCCGCAGAAGUGUUCGGCAACAUCAUGAUCGAGUACGCAUAUCCCGAAUGCACCACGUCCGUCAUCACCUCGCUCUCCAUCUUCCGCAAAGAGUGGCCUAGCUAUCGGGCUGCUGAGAUCGAAUCGACGAUCAAGGGUGCUAUUGGGUACUUGCAUCGCGCGCAGAAGCCCGAGGGCGGCUGGUUCGGCUCGUGGGGCAUCUGCUUCACGUACGCGACGAUGUUCGCGCUCGAGAGCCUCUCCCUUGUCGGGGAGACCUACGAGACGAGCGCACAUGCCCGGCGGGCGUGCGAUUUUCUGAUCGGGAAGCAGCGCGCGGACGGCGGGUGGGGCGAGUCUUACAAGACGUGCGAGACGGGGGUGUGGGUGGACCAUAAGGACACGCAGGUCGUGGGGACCUGCUGGGCCGCGAUGGCGCUGAUGUAUGCCAAGUACCCCGAUCCCGCGCCCAUCGCGAACGCGGUGAGGCUCGUCAUGUCGCGGCAACUGCCCGAUGGCUCGUGGCCGCAAGAGGCGAUCGAGGGGGUGUUCAACAAGAGCUGCGCGAUCUCGUACCCUAAUUUCAAGUUCGCGUUCACGGUGUGGAUGCUCGGGAAGGCGCAGAAGUACCUCGAGGAGCGGCAGGCGCUGGCACUGGUAGCGGUGGGAGCGUAG